UCAGCGCUUUGUUCCGCUCUACUGUUGUUCCGUGCAUUAAUAGGAAGUCAGUCGCUUACGUUUAAAAGUUAUUGAGGUGUAAAACAAUGUUUUUGUUAAAAAUAUAGCUCAAAAAGAAGAACCAAGGAAGACAAAGACAGAAAGACAAAGAUGGAAAUGCAGAGAGAGGAUCCUUCAUUCUUGGUCAAGAGGCCGCAGGCAGUUGAGGCCAAUGGAGAAAGUCUGAGUCACCAGCCGUCAUCACUUCCUGAACUUCGCUUGGUUCUACUAGGCCGCAAAGGCGCUGGGAAAAGCUCAGCAGGAAACACCAUCCUAGGCCUGGCGGGAGGGUUUGAGACGGGCAAACCGACCGAGGAGUGCGUGAAGAGGCGAGGCGAUGUGGCAGGAAGGCGUGUUACGGUUGUGGAUACCCCAGGCUGGGAAUGGUACUAUUCAGUGAACGGGACUCCUGGUUGGGUGAGGAGAGAAACAAAGCGAAGCAUGUCCCUGUGUCCACCAGGUCCCCAUGCCGUGCUUCUAGUGGUGCGAUCCUGUACUUCAGUGACACCCGACUACCAUCGGCAGAUCGAGGAGCAUCUGGAACUGCUGGGCAAAGCGGUGUGGGAUCACACGCUGGUGCUGUUCACACGAGGGGACGAACUGGGCUCCCUUUCCAUCGAACAGAGGAUUCAAAACGGCGGCAAGGCCUUCCAGACGCUCCUGGAACGAUGCGGGAACAGGUUUCACGUUUUGGAGAACAAGCGGCGUGCUGAUGAUGGAUCACAGGUGAGGGAACUGAUGAGGAAGAUGGAUAAGCUGGUGGAAGAGAGAAGAGGGAGGCAUUAUGAGACGGAUCUGCUGCUUCUGGAGCUGGAGGUGGAGAGCAAACGCAGGGCUCGAGAGAGGAGGAAGAAACAGAGGCUGAUGGAGGCGCAGACGCACAGAGGAAACAUCAGAGCCAUGCUGAUGAACGAUAAUCCGCAAACUGAAGAGCUAGAUGAGAAGAAUCUCUUCUGCAGAGGUUCAAGGCGUCUCCCAGAGCUGAGACUGGUUCUCCUGGGAGAGAGGGAGACGGGAAAAAGCUCCGCCGGGAAUGCCAUCCUUGGAGGACCGGGAUACUUUCAAAGCAGAGAGGCCACCGAGGAGUGUUCAAGACAGCAGACGGAGGUUUCUAACAGACUGGUGACGGUGGUGGAUGUGCCCGGAUGGGAGGGCGGACCAGAGGGAUUUACUCCCGAGAGAGUGAAGCGAGAGAUCGGACUGAGCGUAACGCUGUGUCCACCUGGACCGCAUGCAUUUCUACUGGCAUUGAGAGUGGACGUAAUCAUCCAAGCACAGGCGGUGCGGGAGCAUUUGGAGCUUUUGGGAGAGGCAGUGUGGAGACAUACGCUUCUUUUGUUCACGAGGGGUGACCAGCUACGAGAGGGAGUCACCAUUGAGCAGCACAUCCAAGGAGGAGGAAAGGAUCUUCGUUGGUUGGUGGAACGAUGUUCAAACAGAUUCCACGUCAUCAGCAGCAACUCUUGUUUGGAAUCACAAAAUUCCAAAACACAGAUAACGGAACUUCUGGAGAAGAUCGAGAAGAUGGUGGCGGGAAAUCGAUGCGAGGCAUUCUCACCACUAGUGCAUGAGAUUCAAGAGUUAGGAAGACAAAAGAAUGAGAAAUUCCAGCUGAAGGUCAAGGAGUUUAGCGAUAAGCUUCAACGGCAGGAGGAGGAACUGAAGAAAAUGAAGGAACGAGAGGUCAGGAGCAUUCGGUGGUUUUUCGAAAGACGCAAAAAAGACAAAGUGCAAUCUCCCGGGAAGGCAGAGAGAGAAGAGACGCCGUACCGAGGAGAAGAUGACAGGAGAAGCGUGAUGGGCGAGCUGGAAGAGAGGAUGGCGUGGUUGACGGAAGACAAGGAGCGAGAGUUACAAGAGCUGACCGCUGAAAUGAGCAAAGUCAUGGUGACUCUCCAUCAGGGACUGAAAGAGAAAGAGCAACUGCGGAUGAGAUUGGAGGAGAGAGAGCGAGAGGGGGAAGAACUUAAAGAAAAAGUGGAUGAACUUCAGAUGAAACUGCUGGAAAUGGAGCGCACAGGUGCCGUGAAAGAGCAAGAACGGAAAGAGAGAGAGGCUGAGAUUCAGACUGCACACUUGGAUGAGUUGAAUGAACUUCAAAGCAAACUGCUGGAAGCUGAGCUAGAGAAUGAUAGGAUGAGAGGAAAGGUUGAAGAAACUCAAAAAGAGAUGGAUGCAUCACAAAGCAGGUAUGAAGAAGAGGUUGUUUGGCAAAAGCAAGAGAUGGAGAAGAAACUGAAAGAAAAGGACAAUGAAACUGAAAACAUUUUAAGAGAAAUCGAGAAGGUGAAACUGAACGCUGAGAGCAGAGAAAGAGAACAAAGCCAGAGAUUCAGUGAGCAAGUUGAGAAGAGAGAGAAAGAGAUGGACAAGAUGAGAGAGGGGAUAGAGAUGAUGACACAAGAGAUGGAGCAGCUACGGAUGUCCUAUCAGGAGCAAGUGAAAACCACAGAAGCUGAGAGAGAAAUGCAUAGAGAAACUGUGGAAAAAUACAACACCCUCAUUGAUAAACUCGUAGGGAAAGAUGAGGAAAUAGAGCGAACGAUGAGAGAGAAAGAAAAGGAGCUACAUCAAAAUGUUGAAACGCAAAAGAAACUUCAGCAAAAAGAUGACGAAAUAGUCUUAUUAAGUCAAAGAGAUCAGCAAAAAGAGCAAGAAAUGGAGACAUUGAAGCUAAACAUUACAGAAAAACAGAGGGAUUUAAAAAGGUUAAAAGACACCGUCCAGGCAAAUGCUGAAAAACAUGCAGCUGAACUUCAAGUUUUGAAGGAAGAGAUGAAAACAAAAGAAGACGAAAUAGACAAAUUAAUACAAAGAGACUUGGAGAAAGACAAAGACAUUGACAAACUAAAGCAAAACAUUAGCGAAAAACAAACUGAUAUUGAAAAGUUAAAAGACAGUAUUGAAGAAAAUGCAGCUCAUCUAAAACUUCUCCAGGAAGAAUUGAAGGCAAAAGAAGAGGAAAAUGAAAAAUUGAGACAAAGAGACCAGGAGAAAGAACGAGACAUUGACAUGCUUGGGCAAAACAAUAGCAAAAAACAGAAAGACAUUGAAAAGUUAAGAGACGAUAUUGAGGCACAUAUCCAAGAAAGUGCUGCUAAACUCAAGCAUUUAGAGGAAGAGCUGGAAAUAAAAGAAGAGGAAAUAACCAAAUUUAGACAAAGAGACCAGGAGAAAGAACGAGAGAUUGACAUGCUUGGGCAAAACAAUUGCAAAAAACAGAAAGACAUUGAAAUGUUGAGAGACAAUAUUGAGGCACAUAUCCAAGAAAGUGCUGCUAAACUCAAGCAUUUAGAGGAAGAGCUGGUAAUAAAAGAAGAGGAAAUAACCACAUUAAGACAAAGAGAGCUGGAGAAAGACACAGAAAUUCACACACUUAAGAAAAACAUUAUUGGCCAACAGCAGGACGCUGAAAAAAUAAAAGACAGCCUGCAGUCGAAUAUUGAAGAAAGGGCUGCACAACUGAAGCUUUUAGAGGAAGAAUUCAAAAGAAAGGAAAAUGAAAUCAUCCAAUUAAGAGCAAGAGACCUGGACAAAGACAGAGAAAUGAACACAAUGCGUGAAAACAUUAGCGAAAAACAGAAAGAGUUUGAAAAGUUAAGAGCGAGUAUUAAGGCACAUGCUGAGGAAAGUGCAGCUAAACUAAACCAUUUAGAGGAACAACUACAAACAAAAGAGGAUGAAAUAACCAAAUUAAAACAAAAAGACUUGGAGAAGGACAAAGAAAUGGACACACAGCUGCAAAACAUCAACGAAAAACAUAGAAGAGAAAUAGAAAAACUGGAAAACAUCAUUCAAGCAAAUACUGAAGAAGCUGCUGCUCAACUAAAACAUCUAGAGGAAGAGUUUGAGGCAAAAAUAGAGGCCUACAAAAGAAAGAAUGCAAUGAUGGAAGAGGAGAUGGAAAACAUAACCAAACAGCAAAAGGAAGCAGAAAGAUGCUCAGAUGAGCUGAGACAACAGAUCAGGGACGAGCAAGAACAAAACAAUGUCCUACAAAACAUGAACGCAGGACUGGGAAAUAAAUUAGAAGAGCUGAAGCGCAAAUGUGAGGGCUAUGAAAGAGAUCUUCAGACUUCAGUUAAGCACUCUGAGAAACAGACGAAAGAAAUUAGAGGGUUAGAACAAAAGAUAGAUGAGUUCAAACAGCUGCUGGAAGAGAAGGAGAAAGAGAAAGAGAGCGAUAUGCAAGACAUGAAGGCAUAUUAUGAGAAAAGACUAAGAGAAAGGCAUGAAGAGCAUGAGAUGAGCAUGAUAGAGAGAGAGCAAGAACUUCACAGGAGAGAGAGGGAGGUAGAAAAGAAGGAAGAUAAAUUAGCACAAAGCAAACAAGAUUUGUUAAUUAGAGAGGAUGAAGUGAAUAGACGAGAACAGGAUUUGGAGGAGCAAAUGUACAAGAUAAGAGAAGAGGAGAAGAAUCUAGAAAACGAGAGUCAGAAUAACAAACGUCUGGCUGCAGAUCUGGUGCAAAUGAGAGAGGAGAUUGAAAAAAGAGCUGAAGAGUUUAUGGAUAGAGAGGAACAUUUAAAGGCACAGGAACAGCAGAUAAAAUGUAAAAAGGAAGAGCUACAAGCAAUGGAGAAGAUAUUGGAGACCAAGGAAAGGGAAAUAAAAGAUCUGACUGAAAAGCAGGAGAAAAAUAUGGAAAAUCUUAGACAGCAGAUGGAAAGAAGAGAACAUGAGCUGCUGGAAAUGGAGGCGAAUUUUGUUAAAGAGCAAUGCAGUCUUAAGGAAGAACAAAAAUCUUUGGAGAUGCUCAGAGCGAAUCUGGAAACUAGAGAAAAUGAACUUAAUAAACGCGAGCAGAUGUGGGAAGUGAAAUCCCAAGAGCUUUCAAAGAUCUCGGAGGAAUUUGAAAAUAACAAACACAAUGGAGAAUGUCAAGCCGAGUUGAGUAAUAAGGAAUAUGAUCUUCUGCAAAAAAUAAAUGGACUGCAGAUAAAGGAGCAAGAACUUGUCCAGAAGGAGCAGGACCUCGAACUCAAAGGUCAAAGGCUGAUGGAGCAACAUCGAGAUAUGGAAAAUAAGCAGCAAAACCAGACAGCUUCAUUUGAUGAACUCGAGAGCAUUAGAGAAGCAUUAGGAAAAAGGGAGCAAGAGCUAAUAAAAGGCGAAGAAGCUCUUUCUCAAAGAGAGCAGAAGCUAAAGAGUGAAGAAAUCUAUUUGGAGAAACGACAGGAAGUCAUGCAAAAUAGGGAACAAAAGCAUGAAGACAUGUUGAGCAGUCUGAAGAAACAGCAGGAUGUUUCGAAAGACAGAGAACGUUCUUUAGAUACCAGAGAAACAGAACUGCGACAACGGGAAUCAGAGCUCGCUAUGAGAGAUAAUAGCAUGACGGAUAAACACACACUUUUGCAGAACCAAGAAUUAGAUCUGAAAAAGAAAGCAAGCGAUGUAGAGAACAAAACACAAAUGCUAGAGCUCCUGAAAACAACACUAGAUGGAAGAGAGAAAGAGCUUGAGGAACGUCAAAACCAACUGGACAGCAAAAUGCUGGAGCUAAAUAGUGAACAAGACAAGAUGAAAAGGAAGCGAGAGGAACUUGAGAAAUGGGAGAAGUAUUUGUAUAACACAGAGCUCAAAUGGAUGCACAAAGAGUCUUUCUCAGGGUAUCAGCGAUUGACAAACAGUGCUGAAUUUAACGCAAAACGAAUUGAAGUCGAAGACAUCCAUCGAAUGCAUCAGGAAGCAGGAGUAGAUGGUGGCGUUUGUGAUGCAAAAGACACAAGAAGUGACGUGCGAAUGGAGUUGGCUACUAUGAACCGUGCAAACAACAGAUCGGUAAAGAACCAAAGGGUUAAACAAACACUGGAGGCCAAGCAAAAAGAGGAAGAUGGUGAAAGUGACAACUCUGAUGACGAAAGUGAGGAAGACUUCUUUGAAUCUUCAAGCACCAGUUUCCAACCUAAUUUACAUACACCCCGGCCUGUGUCUGAGCUUAGGCUAAUGAUUUUAGGAGACUCCUGGUCGUCCCGUCACCCAGCGAGAUGCACUAUUGUGGGGCCUGAUGCAGAUAGAAGCAACCCUUGGAGGGGAGAGAUAUCCGGCAGACAGCUCUCUAUCGUAGAGCCUCAGGGCCUGAAAUGGAGAUCUGGGUCUGACAGUAAAGACACCUUUCAAAAACACCUCUCUCAAAGCGCCUCUCUGUGUCAGCCUGGACCACACGCCUUCAUCCUGGUGAUUCCUGCUUACGUGUCCUUCACUGGUCAGUACAGGCAUGCAGUGGAACGUACCAUGUCUGCAAUAGGAAAAGCAUCAUGGAGGCACACUAUCAUUCUGCUCACCUGGGGGGAAACAUUAGGAGAGCGUGUCCAGCAGCAUGUGAAGAGAAACAGCGACCUGGAGCGGCUGGUCCGAAAGUGUGGGAACAGAUGCCAUGUGCUUAACAAUGGAAACCGGAAAUCUGAUGUGGUGAAUUUACUGGAGAAGGUUGAGGAGAUGCUGGGGGGAAACAAUGGACAAUACUACAAAAUAGACUGAAAACGAGCGUUAAGCAUUUAAACCGAGCUUUUAUGGCUGUGAAUAAUAUGUAAAUUGUGAAAAAUCCAAUAGAUUGAUUUGAGAUUCUUGGCUUUAAACAUUAUUUAUGUAAUUAGAAUUAACUACAAAAAUAAAAUAAACAAUUUUCAAAUGACUUUCCUUUAGGAGGAAAAAUUUAUUUUGGACAAGAGUAAGAGAAUUACAGCAAUACAUGUGAGUAUUAUGUAAAUCACACACUUACCAGACGAUGGCGCGCUUGUAUUAGAUGUUCCUCUCAUUGGCUGCACAAUCAAUACUGUUAUUCAUAGUGUUUUGUAAUCUUCAACUAAUCUGUUAGCAAAUAUGAGGAACAAACGCUCUUUUCUCUGUUUUUGAUACCAUCCCAUGAGGAAAACACAUGAUUAAUUUCCAAACCGCCCCAAGUAAACAGACAUAGGAUAUUUUAUGUGCAACUAUCAUUUCAGUCUAAAAAUUAAUCAUUAAAAUUUAGCCCCACUCCUCAUAAUGUGUAGCGAGAAUUGGAAAGAUAAAAAGACGACAAAUUAGUUAACACGAUUCAAACAUAUUCAGGAAUACUCCAGAACAUAGAAUGGAUUUUCCAUUAGUGCCUCAGCAAGUGGAGUCUUGCUGCGCAUCCGCUGAGAUUCUGACAGGUAAAUUAUUACCUUUAAAAAGGGGUCUGUUUCCUCUGAAAGAGAAACUCUUUCCAUCGAGUGAAAAACACACAUUUGAAAUGGAAUUCUUUUUUUAUGGCCCUCACACAGCAAACCCAAACGUUUACAUAUAAUCUGAGGUAAUUGCGCGAUGGCGUCGGAUAUUCCUCCGCCUCGCCAUUACACGAGUCAAGCGGGUGAAAUGUUGAAAAAUAGUUCUUCAGCAGCGUUUCAUCUUCCCCCACAACGUUUGUAUCUGUCUGCAGGGGGCCUAUUUUUAAGUCGUUGAAAGAAUCUAUAAUUUAUCACUUAUGACAUCGAGUAGAGAUUUUAUUUUAUCAGACCACAUUGUGAUUUAGGGAAACACUUCAAUUAGAGGAAAAUAAUAUGCAAUCUAACUGAAAGUGUGUCUGAGUGCAUUAGUCGACUCCUUCCAUUUGUCCAUUAAUUGUUAUUUUGGGGUUUCUAGUCAUUAUCUGCACUAUAGCCUUUUAAGGUAAUGAACACGGCCAUGCUAACAUCAUUUCACCAGCAUAAACUUCUAAUUUCAGUCUCCUCUUCAACCACUAGACUGAUGUGCAUUCAUUGCUGUGCUUAUUGAAUGAAUCCAGCCAUCUCUAAUGGAUGAUAAAACCUCUUGACAAUUCUAAUUAGCCUAGAUUCACAGCAAUUACCAUAUGUCCAUUUCUCUUUCGGUCAGAUCAAAUCAAGCAGUGCUGAGGUUUUUAUAUGUCAGGAUGUAAAGCACUUCAUUCAUGUUUCACGUUCUAAUUACGUCGUUUUAGUUUGUCUGCAUGAAACUUUUCCAAAUGAAUGUCAAUGUUUCCAAUUUUCCAAUACUCAAAAUCACAUGUCAGUAGUAGGCUAUCGGUUUAUUAUCAUUUCUCUCCUAAAUACAGUGACUCUUAGAGACGUAAUGCAGAACGUAUAACAGAACAUGUAGACUAACAGACAAAUUUACAAAGUUCAUUAUUGCACUAAUGCAUGACACAGCAGCAAUAAAUGUGAUCAUAUUAAACAAU